AUGUCCCUUGAAGACAUUUGGCAUGCUGAGAGUCCAGAAGCGGUGCCAGAGCUUUGGCUUGACUUGCAGCUGUGCAGCAAAGAGUUCUCUUUGACCUCGGGCAGUUCUGAAAAUCAGCAGCUCCCUGGCAAGAAGAGUGUACCCAGUUUCUGGCCAGGUAUUGGGCAUCUGUUAGCUAACCAGGAGACAUCCAUAACUGCAGAGGAGCUGAGACUCAGCUGUGCUGGCUCUGGACUGAGGUUCUCGGGUUAUGAGAAGACAGAUGAUGUUUCAGAAAAAACUUCUCUAGCUGAUCAAGAGGAACUGAGAACUAUAUUCAUCAACCAGCCCCAACUAACAAAAUUUUGCAAUAAUCAUGUCAGCACUGCAAAGUACAACAUAAUCACAUUCCUGCCAAGGUUCCUUUAUUCCCAGUUCAGAAGAGCUGCUAAUGCAUUUUUUCUUUUUAUCGCAUUACUUCAGCAAAUACCAAAUGUGUCACCAACAGGCCGUUAUACAACAUUGGUCCCUCUCUUGUUCAUUUUAGCUGUAGCUGCAGUGAAAGAAAUAAUAGAGGAUAUUAAAAGGCAUAAAGCUGAUAAUGCGGUGAACAAGAAACAGACUCAAGUACUACGAAAUGGUGCAUGGGAGAUUGUCCACUGGGAAAAGGUGGCAGUAGGGGAAGUAGUGAAAGUCACCAAUGGGGAACAUCUCCCAGCUGAUCUCAUCAGUCUGUCAUCAAGUGAACCACAAGCUAUGUGCUACAUUGAAACAUCUAACUUAGAUGGUGAGACAAACUUAAAAAUAAGACAGGGUUUGCCGCUAACAUCAGAAAUAAAGGACAUAGAAAGCUUGAUGAGACUUUCAGGCAGAAUCGAAUGUGAAAGCCCAAACCGACAUCUCUAUGACUUUGUUGGAAACAUCAGACUGGAUGGGCAUGGGACUGUUCCUUUGGGAUCUGAUCAGAUUCUUCUACGAGGAGCUCAGUUGAGAAAUACUCAGUGGGUUCAUGGGAUAGUUGUCUAUACAGGACACGACACAAAACUUAUGCAGAAUUCAACAAGUCCACCUCUUAAAAUGUCUAAUGUGGAACGAAUUACAAAUAUUCAGAUUUUGAUUCUGUUCUGCAUCCUUAUUGCAAUGUCUUUGAUCUGCUCUAUUGGUUCAGCUAUAUGGAAUCGAAGGCAUACUGGCAGAGACUGGUAUCUUGAUCUGAAUUAUGGUGGAGCAAGCAACUUUGGAUUGAAUUUCUUGACUUUUAUCAUUCUCUUCAAUAAUCUUAUUCCAAUAAGUUUGUUGGUUACACUUGAAGUUGUUAAAUUUAUCCAGGCAUAUUUCAUAAAUUGGGACAUUGACAUGCACUAUGAACCUACAGACACUGCUGCAAUGGCUCGUACUUCAAAUCUCAAUGAAGAACUUGGACAGGUCAAAUACAUAUUUUCUGACAAAACGGGUACCCUGACAUGCAACGUCAUGCAAUUUAAGAAGUGUACUGUAGCAGGAGUUGCUUAUGGCCAUUGCCCUGAGCCUGAGGAUUAUAGUGUUCCUUCAGAUGAUUGGCAGGGCUCACAAAAUGGAGAAGAAAAAACAUUCAGUGACACAUCCUUACUGGAGAAUCUUCAAAGCAAUCAUCCAACUGCACCUAUAAUAUGUGAGUUUUUGACAAUGAUGGCAGUGUGUCAUACAGCAGUUCCAGAAAGAGAAGGUGAUAAAAUUAUAUAUCAAGCAGCAUCUCCAGAUGAAGGAGCGUUGGUCAGAGCAGCCAGACAUCUUCGUUUUGUAUUCACUGGAAGGACACCUGACUCAGUAAUCAUAGAGUCUUUGGGAGAGGAAGAGAGAUAUGAACUGCUAAAUGUCCUGGAAUUUACAAGCACUAGGAAGAGAAUGUCAGUGAUAGUUCGCACACCAUCAGGAAAGUUAAGACUCUACUGCAAAGGAGCUGAUACUGUAAUUUAUGACCGCCUUGCUGAAAGUUCAAAAUACAAAGAAAUCACCUUAAAACAUCUAGAGCAGUUUGCUACAGAAGGCCUAAGAACUCUGUGUUUUGCUGUGGCUGAGAUUUCAGAAAGCGAUUAUGAAGAGUGGUUAAAUGUCUAUCACCGUGCUUCUACGGCUAUACAAAACAGAGCACUCAAACUUGAGGAGAGCUAUGAACUAAUUGAAAAAAAUCUUCAGCUGCUUGGAGCAACAGCAAUUGAAGAUAAACUACAAGACAAAGUGCCUGAAACCAUAGAGACACUCAUGAAAGCAGACAUAAAAAUUUGGAUACUUACUGGGGACAAGCAAGAGACUGCCAUUAAUAUCGGUCACUCCUGUAAACUUCUGAGAAAGAAUAUGGGACUUAUCGUUAUAAAUGAAGGCUCUCUUGAUGGAACAAGAGAGACACUUAGCCAUCAUUGCAGUACACUUGGUGAUGCUUUAAGGAAGGAGAAUGAUUUUGCUCUCAUCAUUGAUGGUAAAUCUCUGAAGUAUGCUUUGACAUUUGGAGUGAGACAGUAUUUUCUGGAUUUGGCUUUGUCAUGUAAAGCUGUUAUUUGUUGCAGGUAA